GAGUCGGCGAGCUGCCGCUGUGCGUAAACGCGCCGUGAUAAAUGAGCGUCUCCGCAAACGCGCAGGCAUUUAUGCGAGAAGGAGUUGCAGGACGAGUCGAACAAUGACUUCGACAAAUACGUUUCAGGGGAUGGAUUCAAGUUCCAAGCCCAGCUCCAGGGUGCUUAGACCACCAGGAGGCGGCUCCAGUAACCUGUUCGGAUGUGACGAGUCACCAGCCUCACCUGUGAACAGGGCAAGCAAGAUGGCCUCAAACAUUUUUGUGGCUGGUGAGGAGCCCCAGACCAGCCCUAAAAGAACAAACCCUCCAGGGGGGAAGAGCAGUGGGAUUUUCUCAGAGGGUGCGACGCCUGUCUCCAGACCGACUGCAUCCUCCACAAGUAACAACAAUAUUUUUGCGGACUCACCAAACAAUCUGCCAUCGACCCGCAGCCAUCCCAAUAAACCAAAGGACAACAUUGGCAUAAACGCCCUGCCUGGACCUGAAGUUCCAAAGGAGCGGAUCACCCCGCCACGUCCUACGCCUGGCAAGGAGGACAUGGCCCCCAGCACCAAGGAGCCGGCGGACCAGUCCUGCGCCCAGCAGAAUGUUGACAGCCAUGAGCCCAGGCUAGGCCCCAGGCCCCGCUCGCACAACAAGGUGAUCCACCCCCCUGGCGGCAAGUCCAGCGUGGUGUUUUACUGAUGCCCCCCCCCCCUUCAAUUCUCUUGCACUUUCUACCCGUUAAGUUGCCCGCUAUAACUUUUGCCAAAAACUCGCUGUAAUUCAUUGAAAGUAUUCAAUGUCACUCAUCCCUCAAGUCCAAAAACUUCUGUGUUUAAACACUAAAAUUCCUUCCAUUUCAACUGAAUCAACGGUUUUUUUUUUCCAGUUUGACUUCUUUGCAAAGAGCCACAGGGUAGGGCUUCAUAAAGUGUGACCAAAUUCUUGUGUCAAUCCUCUGGAUACUGAUGGUACCUGCCCUCAGUUUUGACCCUUUGCUGGUUUAAGGUCUGAAACUAUAAUCAUUCUUAAAUCCCCCUCCAUUUGUUUUUGCAUCUGUAGUUUUUAAUCUGGCCAAAGCUAUAUAUGUAUAUUUUUAGGCUGCCCCCUUCCUGUAGUGUAGUGCUGAUUUACUCCAUUGUUUAAUGGACUGUGCCUACGUAUCAUGUCUUUAGUCCCAGCCCCCUGUCAGCGGGAGUAGACUGAUCAGUCUACGGUUAUUUAAUCCCUGGAAGGGCUUUUGUUUUGACUUACCUGCAACACAAGUAUGAACGCAAACUGCGUGGGAGAAUAGAAGGGGGAGAACAUUCACCUGACAGUCCAAACUCAUGCUGGUAUACCAAACUGUUUGCUGGUACAAGUUCUCUGUGCCUUCUUCACAUGAAAGUAUGUCUGGUUGGCCUGAGCAUUGCAAUAAAGUUAAUAUUUUACUUGUCUAAAUCCUUCA